AUGCAUCUAACAGCAACCAUUGCGCUCACCGGUCUUCUACGAGCCGACCGAGGAUGGACUCUUCCAGCUCAUGAAGGCCAACAAGCAGUCAUUGAACCAGAAUAUACACUCACUUCGACCAUCAGAGACACACUUAUUGCCAACGAGGUCAUUGGCGACGUUCUCGACGAUUUCGAGCCAACCUAUUACCUCGACAUUACCUACCCCAAGUCCCAUGAAACCGUCUUACUAGGGAACGAUAUUCCAGUCGAAUCAGUCUCCAAGCGACCCGUAUUCCUCUUCCGUUCUCUUAGCCCUCCAUCCAUUGAACCGGAGGAUUCUACCUUCACCCUCGUUCUCACAGAUCCAGACGCCAAGUCCCGAGACAACCCCAAAUGGUCUGAAAUGUGUCAUUGGAUCCUGACCAAUUUGACCGCGCCACUUCGAGAGCCGCCACCGCGUAUUCGGAAGAUCAAGCCAGGAGAGGUAGAAGAGUAUUAUCCUCCAAGACCACCUCCGAAGACGGGAUCACACCGAUAUGUUUUUGUCCUUCUGGAAGGCGACACUUCGAAUCUCCGAGCCCCGUCGAAAAGAAGGCACUGGGGCUAUGGCAAAGUCCGACAUGGUGUGAGAGACUGGGCUCACGAGAAUAACUUGACGGUGGUGGGAGCCAAUUUCUUCUUCGCUCGGAACAAGGAGCAGUAG